AUGGCGUGGCUGCGGACGAUGUUUGUCUGGAUGGCCUAUGUAACCACGGUGCUCCUGGCCAUACCUGCACAAGCAGCUGGGGAUGGGGACGAGGCUUCCGAUGUGCCCAGCCCAGAUGCGCGCAAGACGCACUUGGCCGAAGCGCUUGCCAUAUCAGCGGCCGACAUUCUGGACGACAGGGAAACCCCGGCGGAGGAAGGCUUCGAUGCUCUUUCUGAUAUGCUGGAGUCGGCUGUUGUGGCGGAAAGCUUCACCUACUGGGAGCUGGCGCAAGCUGUGCAUGAUGUGCUGAUACAGCAGGGGUACACCGAUGCUACCACGGCCCCGAUGAUGACGCAUCUUUCUCGAGUUGCAGCUUCAGCUUCAGGUGAGUUUUUACCAGCUCGAGGCCGAGGACGAGGACGAAGCCAUGCCCGCGGCGACAAUGGCCCGAGGCCGCUUCCCACUGGAAGGGCAGCGUCUGCUGCUGCAUCUGGCAGAGGAAGACCUCCCAACACGGGAUCACGGCCGUCAAGAUCGAGAUCUCCGGUGGCAAGCGCGGGUGCGGCGAGUGCAUCCACUGCAGCAGGCAGCGUUGGGGGACGCCGGCCAACUCACCGGCUAGGCCCGCCCCAGGGGGCCUCCGCCGCCUACCCCUAUCGCUACACGCCCGAGAAAUGA